GCGCACGGCUGCGGAUUCUUGACAGCAAGAGCCCCCUGAGUAAUGGAGGCCGAGUGCAGGCGGUUUCAUGGAUAUCAAUUCGAGAUUGACGAGGUGUUCCAGCGAGGUCUGGCCCAGUUCGGAGAGGCAGUGCGGUGUUCUGAGGAGCGGCUUCUCGAGGCCAAGAUCUACUAUUACAGCAGGUUUAUUGGACCCAUUGAUCUGGAAAGCUACAAAGGAUGGCUUUCUUCACAAAUUAUCGAUGCCAAGAAUGACUUAGCGGUAGAGGAAGAUAUGACAAAGGCUUUUGAGAGGCUGCUCAGACCGACUCCAAGUGAUCAAGGACAAAAUGACAAAUCAGCAACAAUAGAGACCACAAACUCACUACCCAUAGAUCAACAAGCAGAGAAAACUGAGGAUGCAAGAAUGCACCUUCAGAUUAGUGAAGAGAUAGGAGGUAAUGAUCACAACGCUUCCUAUGAACUAACAGAGGAUAGCCAAGUAAAAGAAUCCCAUGAAAAUAAAACAGUUGGUGACAUUACAAAUCUUUCUGCUAUUACCACGGAAGUUAGUGGAGGAAGCUGCACCCUUUCUUUCGCUCAAGUACUGCAUCUUGUGCAAAGUGGACAAGAAAUUCCUGGCAUUCAAAAACGGAACAUUACAUCAAUUAAUAGUGCACCUACUGUUUCACAAAUGGCAAGGAAGCUCAAACCUUGGGAAAGGGUGUAAUAUUGUCGUUACGGUAUUAAUUAAAAUCAGGAAAUGGUACUAAUUUAUAAUAAUGUUCAUUGUAAUUAAACUACAAGCGUAACUGGCUUCAACUGAUUUUGAGACAGAAUCGUGGUUCUCCAGCUGGAAUUUGAAUCUUGCUGUAGCUGGUAACCAGAUUUUCUGAGUUCUUCCAGAUGCAAGACUUGGGAUACAAAGGGUUUCUUUGUAAGAGGAAUGUUCAGUCAUUCACCUAUAGAGGUAAUUUUCUUCAUAAUCAUAAGAUGUGCUGCCAGUCCAGAAUAUUCUCCAUUCCUGCUUGAAGAAUAAUCACAGCAAUAAGGGAAUUUAUUGCAACCUGGGAGAUGAGGGUCAUAGAUUAAAGAUCUACAUAAUGUAUGAUUAAAGAUUCACGGUUACAAAGUUGAA